AUGGCACAGAUGGAGGCUGUGCCUCAUGCCCUUGGGCUUGGGGUGCUGCUGGCCCUGCCACGGGCCCUGGGCUCUGGGAUUGGCACAGAGGAUGGUGCAGGCUCCAGCUCCGUCACCAUUGUUCUGCUGCUCCUGUUGCUGCUGCUGCUGGUCACAAGCCUGGUCCUAGCCUGGCACCGCCUCAGCCGAGAUUCAGGAGGCCACUACCACCCAGCUCGCCUGGGUGCCGCACUGUGGGGCCACGCCCGCCGCCUGCUCUGGGCCAGCCCUCCAGGCCGCUGGCUUCAGGCCCACGUGGACCUGGAGUCCCCAGAGCAGCGGGACAAUGACCAAGAUGGAGAAGACGAUUUCGUAAUGGUCAGUGGUCUGCAGGAGGCUGAACCCCAGGAAGAGGAGCAGCAGUGCCAAGGAGAAGCCCACAUGGAGCAGGUCACGGAAGCACAUGGCACAGACAGUGAAGGGGGCUUGGGUCUGGGCUCCCAGGGGCCCACGGAUUCAGGGGGCAGUGCGGAGGCCCUGCUGAGUGACCUGCAUGCCUUUUCAGGCACUGCAGCCUGGGAUGACAGCACUGGAGGAGCAGCGGCCGGCCUUCAUGUCACUGCACUGUAG